GAUUAGCGCCGCCUGAGUCAGUGUAGAUUCAAACGCCGCUGAGCGCGACUCGCUCGACUUUACUGUGGUGUUUUACUGCGCUCGUGUGUGAAUGCUGGACUCUGAGGGAUAUGGAGUCUUUCACCAUCAAGAGUCGCAUUAAGAGUCUCCUGCGCUCGCCGUCCAUCAAACUCAGAAAGAGCCGCAGCGACCGCGUCAAAGACAGUCUGUCCAGCAAGGUGACUCUUGAGAAAGUUCUGGGCAUCACGACUGCAGGAAACAGUGGUUUGACAUGCGAUCCUUGUUCAGGGACGGUGGCCUAUCCAGCCGGGUGUGUCGUGGUGUUACUGAACCCAGCCAAAAACACACAACAGCAUCUCAUCAACUCAUCCAGGAAGAGCAUCAGCACGUUGUCGUUCUCGUCAGACGGCCGGUAUCUGGUCACUGGAGAGAGCGGUCAUCUGGCAGCGGUGCGUGUGUGGGACGUGAGCGAGGGCUCGCUGGUCUCUGAGCUGCUGGAGCACAAGUAUGGUGUGUCCUGCGUGGCCUUUUCCCCCAACGGCAAAUACAUCGUGAGCGUGGGAUCUCAGCACGACAUGAGCGUCAACCUGUGGGCCUGGAAGAAGAGCGCUCUGAUAGCGGUCAACAAGGUGUCCAGUAAGGUGACGGCCGUGUCCUUCUCAGAGGACGGGAAUCAUUUCGUCACAGCAGGGAACAGACACGUCCGCUUCUGGUAUCUGGAUCCGUCUCACGCUAAUCAGCAGGCGUGUCCCGUGCCGCUGAUGGGCCGCUCAGGGCUCCUCGGGGAGCUGCAGAAUAACUUCUUCUGUGACGUGGCGUGUGGACGAGGCCUGAGGUCCGACAGCACCUUCUGCGUGACGGCGUCGGGGCUGCUGUGUGAGUUCAACGGCCAGAGGGUUCUGGACCGCUGGGUGCACCUGCAGACGGGUUCGGCGCGCUCUCUGGCGGUGACGGAGGAUCUGAUCUUCUGCGGCUGUGGGAACGGGACGGUGCGUGUGUUCGGGGCGUCUGACCUGCGCUUCAUCGCCACACUGCCCCGUCCACAUCCUCUGGGCAUCCAGGUGUCCGCCGCCACACAGCACCGGCAUCUGUUCAGCAGAACGCCGGACACCCGCUACCCGGACUCAGUGGCGGUGACCUUUGACCCCGUGAACCGCUGGCUGUCCUGUGUGUAUAAUGACCACAGUUUAUAUGUGUGGGACACGAGAGACCUGCGCGGAGUGGGCAAAGUUCACUCAGCGCUUUAUCACUCGUCCUGCGUUUGGGAUCUGCAGAUGUUUCCGAGUAAGAGCGACGGCUCCAAGCCAGCGUUUGGCUCGUCUGAUGCGUUCCUCACGUGUUCGUCUGACGGCUCUGUGCGUCUCUGGAGUUCAGACGGCGUUCCCGGCGGUGACGUCCUGAGUAACGAUCUUCUUCACAUCUUCUACAUGGAGGACAGCUCCGCCGCCCUGCUGGACGUGGAGGGAACUGCCAUCGGUGGCUCAGAGAAAGGCGAGGGAUCGAGCGGCGACGGCAGGAGCGGGAUCAGAACCAUCUGCAUCAGUCCGGACGGGACACACCUGGCGUCCGGAGACAGAAAUGGCACGCUCAGGAUUCAUGAUCUGACGUGUAUGAAGGAGCUGGUGAAGGCUGAGGUCCAUGACUCUGAGAUCUUAUGUCUGGAAUACUCCAAACCUCCAUCAGGUGUGAAUCUGCUGGCCACUGCGAGUCGAGAUCGACUGAUCCACGUGCUGGACGCUGAGGAAGACUACAGUCUGCUGCAGACUCUGGACGAGCACUUGUCCUCCAUCACGUCUGUCCGCUUCGCUGCCGCCGGUGACGGGACGCUGCGGAUCAUCAGCUGUGGAGCAGAUAAGAGUGUUUACAUCCGCACCGCUCACAGGACGGUCCGAGGAGCUGAAUUCAAGCGGACUCAUCAUGUGGUUCGUAAAGCGACUCCUAAUGACAUGGAUGUGGAUCCCUCCUGCAAGUACGCGGCGGUGGGCUGUCAGGACCGCAGCAUUCGAGUUAUCAGCAUCAGCAGCGGCAAACAGAAGAGAUCCUUCAGCGGCUCUCAGACUGGAGACGGCGGUUUGCUGAAGGUUCAGAUUGAUCCGUCAGGUCUGUUUGUGGCCUCCAGCUGCUCUGAUAAGAACAUCAAUCUGAUUGACUUCCAGACCGGAGAGAGCCUGGCCACCGUGUUUGGACACUCAGAGAACAUCACGGCUCUGAGGUUCAGCAGUGACUGCAGGCGUCUGCUCUCGUCUUCAGCUGACAGCUGUAUCUUUGUGUGGCGACUCGCUCCUGAACUCACUAUCAAUAUGAGAGAGAGACUGUCUGUGAUCAGACGCCGUGACAGGGCAUCAAGCGUCAGGAACAAUCCUUUCAGAUGUUCUUCUGUGACUGGAUUCACACUGCACAGAUCCACAUCCAUCACGAGCUGCCCAUCUGAGAGCGACCGAGAGGAAGAUAAUGAAGACAUGAAGACAGCUGAAGAGACAGGUGCAUCUGAUGAAACGCACAGGAAGGAGGCGUCUGUAGACUCGAGUGCGUGUGCGGUGGCGUGCCGUCCGCGCAGGCGCUGGUCCUGUCGUGUGGGAUCGCUGGAGCUCAUGGUGAAGUCUAUGCUGGAGCUGCGGCAGCUCGAUUCACUCUCUGAAGCUCCAGUCCAGAGCCGAAGCUGCGCUGAACGACUGCGGGACGAGGAUCGAGGCAGCACCUCCAGCCUGCAGGAUUGGAGUCUCCGGCGUCCUCGUGACUCGGCCUGGCUGGUUCCUGUCGGCGCUCCUGAACCUGAGGGUGUGGUUCUGUACCCGGAUCACUGUCCCAGCACCAGCAGCCUGCCUGGACCGUCCUACCGGAUACAGGCUCUGUCUGAGACCAUCGAACAUGAGGAGAGAGCAGAAGAAGCUCAGAGUCCCGUCAGUGGCGCCUCCAUGGGCUACGGCAGCGGAGGAUCCAGUCCAGACCACCGACACCACGAUGUGGAGGCGCUGGGCUCUGACGAUGAAUCCUGUGAUGGUAGCAGUAGCACACGGCCAAUCUGUGAUUCUGAGAGUGUUCCGCAUCAGGACGUCUGGAGGAGAAGCUCUGAGACGCUGACGGACGGCAACAAUGCAGGGUCUCAGAUGAGAUCUGAAGGAAGCAUCUCAGCAUGCUUGCACAGCCAGAAGUCCUCUAGCAGGAUGGACUCGGCAUUUCCUCAUCAGUCUGGCAGAUCCAGUGUGGCAGUGAAGCCCACGGUCAGCGGCGUCAGGCCCCUGAUGGAGGACGCAGGUGACCCCGAUCGUCCAGAGCAGCGCCGCGUCCCGCAGAGGAGCCACCCGUACCUGAGCCGCGUCUCCUGCCCCGUCAGCAGGACCUCAGCUGGACUCCAGAAAUCUGCUUCAGCACACAGUCUGAGCAGCCACCCAGGAAGGUCCCUGUCUCCGUCGCGUCUGCGGCGAGAGGCGCUGCUGAAGCUCAGUCUGGAGAAGCUCGCCCCUCAUCACGCGUCUGUCACAGCGCCGUCCUCCCCUCAGCCGUGGGACAGUCCCACCCAGAGCCGUGUCCUGCGCUCCUACAUGAGCCCCACCACCAGCUCCAUGGCCAAAACCAGCCGCUCGGCGUCCAUCGGGGACAGCCUGCAUGUGGGCAGCAGCUCCUGCGAGAGUCUGGUGAUCCCUGUGCCGUGCAGCCCGUCCUUCCUCACAAACACUCCCAAAGCCCUUCCCUUGAGAGCCGUCAGACCCCGCGUGUGUCAGCGCAGAUCGGCUUCAUCUCAGAGCCUUCUCACUGACCCGAGCUCUUCUUCAUCCUCCUCCUCCUCCUCCAGCACGGACCUCCAGCAGACGGCGGCUCACGCGGAGCGUCCUCGAGCGGCGGAGAAGGCUGACUCUGUGGCGUCUGACGCUCCUGAUGAUCAAGACGCACCGGUCGGUCUGGAGAUCUGCAGACGGGCCGCAGCUGAUCUGUGCAGCAGCGUGAGGACAGCGACACGGCUCUACAGGACGCUCAUCUCCCAUGAUGCCGAGCGCAGUGCGGAGCAGCAGCAGAUGUGUCAGCUGAUGUCAGACACGCUGCUGCACGUGCGAUCGGAGCUGGAUUCAGUGUCCGGAGCCGUGAGGAUGGAGGAGGGAAAGGAGACGCUCGCGUUACUGGAGCAAUACUCACAACUGCUGCUGCGCUCGGUGGAGAGGAGACUCCUUCAGGACGAGUAGAGCUGCAGAGUCACCUGUGUGUGUGUGUGUGUUUCACAUGCAUAUAUUUGCAUAUUUAAUUUGAACUUUGACUGAUUUGAACUUCUGUGAUCUGAGGUGUUUCUCCCGUGUCGUUUACUCUUGUGGAUUUUAAUAGUUUUUAUUUUUACCAGAGUAUUCGUGUUCCUAAUUGCUUUUAAUGUCCAUUUUUAUUGGUUUUAUUGCCAAAUAAGUUAAUAAUGUGUCUGUAAUCUGCAGUUUGUCAUAUUAGUGUUUUGUCUUAUUAUUGAAUGACACAUUAAUCAGACAUGAAUUAUUUAUUUAUCAGUGUUUGUUUGUUUGACCUGAUUUCUUACACAAUAAACUGAAAUAUGUUAUAAA